CGCUCACACACACUCACACAGCGGACCAACGCCGCCAUCUUGUGGUUCUACUAGUGUAGUACAUUUAAGGAAAACAAUAGCAGUGCAGUUGCUACGGAAGGAAAUGAACCUCCUAUAUCGUUUUAAACGGGACACAUUAAACAGGUAGCAAAACGGAUAUGGUAGAAUAACGUCGCCGGUUGAACAUUUUUAACGUUUCUACUCAGCACCUGUGUUUUUGUGCAACAACCGCCAGGAUACUCCGCUGGGUUACGACCAAGAAGAUGUGUCAGAGAUGAACUCUAUUUAUAUGCAGCCUUCUGGAAGGAUAACGUCGCUGUGCACUGCAGCGAGAGCGAAUAUAGCUACCUAACGUUAGACUUACUUAUAAUAACCAAGGGUAUCGGUUUGCCCAAACACAUCACAUUUGUCUUGGGAGUGUUGUUUUGCGUUCUGGCGCAGUCUGUUUUGAUACAGCUAGUGCGAACAAAAUGGAGGGUAAUAAGUUGUUGUCAAGUUGUCUGAUGUUACGUUAUAUAGACCAGUGCAGUCUAGACUGCGUGUGUUAACCAACUGUCUCGAAAUAUUUUUGUUGGACAGGGAGAAAGAUAACGGACAGAUUCAGAAAUAACGUUACAGUAAAAUCACUCCGCUGACACGGCUUUACUUUCAAAAUAGAAGCGCAAUAGGUCCAAAGCUGACGUCACUGAUUGUGUGCACAGUAAAAACAGGAUGUUUUAUUCUGUUAAAUCCCUUGCCUAGCUACAGCUAGCUAGCUUAGCUACUAAAUAAAUAGAAUAACCUAUUAAAAGGGGGACACAAAAGAAACACAAAAUGACCGACUCUGGGGAUACAGCAAGUGUCCCCGGCUCCUCCAGCCUCAGCAGCGGGACCGGGCUGAGUUUAACCGCGGGCAGAGGACUCACAGGGCGGGUCAGGAGUGUGUCCUCCCCUACUGCACCUGGAAGGCUGACGUCCCUCAGAACCAGGGACAUGACACUGGGGGGAGUCUUCAAAAAAUCAAAGAAAACUUUUGAGCCAAAUGUCCACGCUGUGAGGAAAAGCAAAGAAGAGUUAAAGGAUGAGAUCCGUGUGACUCCAAAAAAGGAGAGAAGAGAGAGGGAUGAGAGGAGGCGAGAGAACAGAGGGAGGAGGAGAGAGAGGCAUCAGACUAUCCAGUCUCACUCCAUCUUUGAGCAGGGUCCUGCCGACACCGUACGCAAAACAGGCUUGCGUGGUGCUAUAGAUCUGCAUGACUCCACUACCUCUCCUGUGUGUAAACUGGUGAAAAAAGAAAAGAAAGACUCGGAGGACGAUGAAGAUGAGAUACUCGGUAAACUACAGAGGGAUGAUUUCAUAGAUGAUCCCGGUCUGAGGAAUGAUGACAAGCUGAAACCCAUCCAGCUGCCUCUGUGUCAGUCCAGUAGCUUCAAUAAGAGUCGGACACUGACAACACACCCAGAGAACCCUCCUCUGUUCAAACCUCCGUCCUGUAGGGCUCAGAGCAGAGCAGGCCACAGCAGAACAGAGCUGCCCAAAUCAGAGCCGCCAUCUUUGGUAGAACUGCUGCAGGAUAUCAGCCUGUCGGGCAGAGAGGAGCUCUUCUUCAUGCAGUUACCUGACAGUAUGCCAGGCCGAGCGUCUGGACAGAAGGUCGACCCCCCUCAAGGAUCUACAGCAGAGAAAUCUGCCAAGAAGGAAGGCAAGGCUGAAGACAAGAGGCCUUCCCAUCUAGCACAAGAGGCUGCGGUGAAGGAGGGCUGCCCGGUGCUUUCCCAACUCCCAGAAGGAUUUUUGGGUAAACUGCAGAUCAGGAAGUCAGGAAAAGUGGAGCUGAAGCUGGGUCACGUUGUCAUGGACGUCUCUGAGGGCGCUGCCUUCUCCUUCCUGCAGCAACUGGUGUCGGUGCGUCUGUCCGAUGGCCGAAGUGGAGACAUGAUGGUGUUAGGGAACGUCCACCACAAACUGGUCUUAUCUCCUGACUUCCAGGCUUUACUGAGACAAGCUGCCACGCAGCAGGGACAAGGACCCUGAUCAUCCCCUGCACAGAAACCCAACACAGCUGAGAGUCCCAGACCAUUUGAAAGAAGUUCAGAUUUGUUUGAUUUGUGUGGGAUUCCUGAUCCGAUGUUUUGUUAGCACAGCAACUGAUCACUGUGGAGGAAAUGACAGGUUUGUAUAUUCUCCAUACCUCUCCUCAGAGGUUUUAAGGCAGCUAUGUAGGUUACCCUCAGUAACCAGUGUUCUUUGAUCAUUUUUUUACUAUGGUUUAAUUUUGUAAAUUUUGAACUUGGGGUGUGAAUCACCAGACGCCUCCCGAUACGAUAUCAUCAUGAUACUUAUGCCAUGAUACGAUAUUAUUGCGAUUUUAAACAUAUUUCAAUAGUCUGCGAUAUACUGCAAUUUAUAACCUUUUUUCCAGCUUCUAAUUUUUCCCAGUUUCAAAUGAUGUCCCAGAAGGAAACUUUGUCAACAUCUGUUUUAUCCAAAAAGAUACAUUUCUCUGUUUGGUCAUAUCACUUCAAUGGUACUGCUGCAAAAUGGGAUUGUCGAACUGACCUACACAUCCAGAUCCAAAGAUCCAUACUUGGCGCCUGUGUAUCAAUACAGUAUUGCCACUGAAAAUAUUGCACAGACCCUAUCAUAAAAGUAUUUAAAAAAAAGAAAAAGAAAUUAAAAAACUUGUGUAUUUAAAAAAAAAAAAAAAAAAAAAGAGAGAGCAAUCUGAAA